UGUUAGUUACAGAGGAAGUGAUCGUUGCUAACCGUGUCAGAGAAACACUGCGGUGUUCCCAGAAACAAUGGAUCAGAAAAUCCCUUAUGACGACUACCAGCUCCCAGUGGUCUUCCUGCCUUCUUAUGAGAACCCACCAGCUUGGAUUCCUCCACAGGACCGUAUUCAUCAUCCUGACUACAACAACGAGCUCACGCAGUUCUUACCUCGCACCAUCGUCCUGAAGAAACCUCCGGGAGCACAGCUGGGCUUUAACAUCCGGGGGGGCAAAGCAUCACAGUUAGGAAUCUUCAUAUCCAAGGUGGUUCCAGACUCAGAUGCCCACAGAGCAGGGCUACAAGAGGGAGACCAGGUUCUCUCUGUGAACGAGGUUGAUUUCCAAGACAUUGAGCACUCAAGAGCCGUUGAGAUUCUAAAGACUGCACGAGAAAUAUUGAUGCGGGUUCGCUUCUUUCCUUACAACUACCAAAGGCAGAAGGAGAGGACUGUCCACUAGGUGGCAGCAGAGCAAGAGAAAGCGGUGGACAGACCUUCUCCUCCUCCCACGGACUCUGGCCUCCAUUCUGUCUCAGCUUCACGAUGACAGAUGUAUGACUAACCAACUCAUUCAAAGUCCGUGUACGAUCAACAAGGACUCAGUCUUCUCCAUCAGACAGUCCAACCCUCUGAUCUACUGUGACACACACACAAUGAUUUCUACAGCAUUAGGGGGUAUUUACAGGAAGUCGUAUUUUUAGCUUAUAGAAAAGCAGAAGACUUGUAGAUAUUUUCAAUCAUGAAUUAUAUAAUUAAUACUUUUAAUCGCAACUUUUAAAGACUGUAAUUUAAUUAAUCCAAAUUGCCUUUUUUAACCUUUCCCCUAAGAUCAUUAGAGGUUUUAGAAAUAUAAAACUUAAAUCAAGUUCAAAUUUGCACUGUAAACAUUUUCAUGGUUUACUCUAACAUAAAGUAAUCAUAUAACUGUACCUAAUAAAUAAGUAACUGAGGAUUUCAGCAAUAUUUUGAGUACAGACAGCACAGUGUCACAUGACUUUAUUAGAUGUAGUAGAUUUUAAAAUAUAACAGAAAACACUGUACAACCAUUUUUUAUUUAACAAAUAUUUAUAAUUGUGUAGGAAAUAUUAAGUCGUGUAAAUAUAUUUCAAUCACUGCUAUUGUGAACCCAGCAUUACUUUAAUACUGACAAGUAUUAAUAUCUAAUGCUUCAUACAUUUUAAGUUUUAUACACACUGCUCCUGGGCUGAAUGACGUGGUUUUUAUUUGAUGUAUUCAUUGUUUACUUGAGUUUCCAAGCUCUUGGCAAUUAUAACUUCUCACAUGCUGUUAUUGUGCUCUGUAUCUUAGCAUACUGCUUAUUAAGCCUAUCAUAUUGUUUCUGUGUGUGAAGAUCGGGCGGACUGUAGGUUUCCAAUCUGACUGAAGAUUAUUCCAUGCAGUGAUUGUUGUCACCUCUUUGGUUUAGUAUGUGCUAAGUCAGUUAAAUCAACAGAGACACUGUUUGGUCUACACACAGUGACAGAGAACAGUUGAAACCCUGGGGAUCUUGCUGCUCUAUGCUAGGAUACAGUAGCUUUGAAACAUUUGCAAACACUGUCUUAUUCUUUUGUACAUUGAUUUUAAUAAAGGGACUUUUAAACUAA